CACGAGCAACCAUACGUGGACGAUACUUAUUGAGUAUUCUGGAAAAUGUAGAAAACUCGACCAGAGAAGGUUAUGAUAGAUAAAAGUACUUUAGUGGAAAUACUACAUUUCAAUAACACAUAUUGUGCGAGUGAAAGUGCUUGAGACUUUUUCAGAAAGUGAUUGAUGUUCACAAAAAUACAAGUUAACGGAAUAAAGCUAUGUUUAUCAAUCAACCGAUGAAGUGACAAUUUAUAAUUUAUUAGUCUAUACAGUAGAGGCUGGAAAAUCAUCUUUAUAAAUAAUGGAAAAACAUUUGUUUUCCAUCACCUUUAUGCUCAACUGUUUUGUCCUACUUCUCUCCUUCACAGGAGUGAUAAGCGCACCAGUGCCAGCGAUGAUCACAAAUGUCAUGAAAAACGAUGUAAAACUAUGCAAUGCAUCUAAAUUUUUAUAUGACUCAAAAUAUACAGAACCCUGCACAUCAUUGGAAUAUCCUACUGCUUUACCAGACUUCACCCCAAACACUGUAGAUAGCUUUUUGUGUUUAGGAGUUUAUGAUACAGCAUAUAAGAUUUGUAAAUAUUCUAGUCGGUUGCCAACUUUCUUCAAUAGUACAUCAAUCAGUUUAUAUAUAGAUAGUUUAGUUCCUGGUGACAAUGAAGAACGAUUCGAGGAAGAUUCACAACAGGAGUUUUGUAAAACUUUAGGAGGACUUACACUAUUAUACAAUAAAACAAGUUCAUAUCUGGAAACAUUGAUUAAAAAUCUUAAUAAUCUUGAUAAAUGCAAAAGGAUAUGUUUUGACUUUAAUAAUAAUUUGCAUCCAUUGUGUGCAGUACUUGGUUGGAUCAAGAGUGUUGAAAAUAAUAUGGAAAAACCAAAUCAUAACUCUAUUGCACCUGCUCAAUCUAUAGUUCAAUCGUAUGAGUUAUCUAAAGAUAAAACUUCUGGUGCUAAUAAGAUAUCAAAAGAAGAAAUUGGAAAACAAACUACAACAGAUUUUAAGGAUAAUAGUAUAAAAGUCAAGCAAAAUAUGUCUGACAAUAUAUCAAACACGAAUACAAAACCUUAUUCUAUAGAAAAAGAAACGUCUAAUGAAGGAUCAGUUAAAACUCAGAAGGCAGUAGUAGAUAAUACACCAAUAAAGGCUGAUAAAGGAAAGAAUACCUUUGAUGAUAAGUCUGGAACUAAUGUUGAAGAUGCACAAUUUAAUAAGAUUGUGCCUACAAAUAACGAAGUUUCAUCGAAAAACAAUGCUGAAAACAAUGUGCCAAACAAAGUCGAUGUAAAUGAAGGAAAAUCAGAAGAUCUUAAGAAGCAAAAUAUUGACGAUGUGAAAACUAGCACAAUAUCUGAGAAUACACAAGACCAUUAUGAUACGAGUCUUGAAGAGGAAAUAGAGACUGAAGAUGGGAAUGAUGCAGAUGACACUGUUCAACAAUCAAACAUGGGAAAUCCAAACGAGGAAAUUCAUGUGCAAGAAACUUUUGAGAAGAAUAAUUUGCGAUUUUCUAAUCUAAGGACAGAAGACGAUUCUCACUUCUUUACUUAUUUCACUGUGAUUAUUAUGAUGUGUAUCAUUGGGUAUAUAGGCUAUUGCAAUAAACAGAAGAUAUUUGCUAUUGUAUUGGAAGGUCGGAGAUCAAAAAAUAAUCGUGGUAGACGGCGACCAAGCACAGCCAGUUAUCGAAAACUGGAUUGUACACUCGAAGAAGCCGUUACGUCGCAAUGCAAUGCUAAUGUUACACAUGUCAUAUAUUAAUGCGAGUAGAGUCUUACAAAUUUUAUAAGGACUGUAUUAUAGUAUUGCAAGUGUAAUAUAUUUUGUAUUUAAGCAUAUAUACCUCCAGCAUAAUGUCAUUUGAUUUCGGAAAAAAUUUUAUAUUUUAGUAAUAAAUCAAUUAAUUAAAAUAGUGAAAUUUAUGAAUAAUGCAUAACGACGUUUGGUGAUAUAAUAUUAGAGUGCACAUGAUACUUUCAGUUCAAAUUAUAUUGAAUUAAAUGUAUGAUUCAUGAAUUAUAAAACUUUAAUCUGUACUGUUAAUUAAUAGCGUACAUUGUUGAAGAAUUUACAAAAUUUUCUCUCUCUUAUUCAAUUUUCUCUCUAUUAUUCAUAUAUUUUGCAACAGAACUGGGUGUGAGUUAUAAUUUUGGUAAUAUUAUAGUUGAUGCCUACUAUCUCUUACUGCUUGCAUUUUUAACAACAAUGAUAAUCAUAUGGAAUGAAUACUAUUAUUUAAAGAGCAAAAAUAAGUUUUCAGUUUGCGUUAACUAUAGAAAUUAGCCAAAAGUUGCAGAUCUAGAACGUCUAGUUUAUAAUUAUAAUUUUGUCAAUCAUGCAAUGCGGCGUGUGGCAAUUUUUAUUUAGAUUAUUAUAUUUUUUAGUUAUUAAGUAAAUAUUUUUGUUUCAACUACGAAAAUAAGUUAUAUUAUUUAAUUUAUUCCUUCAAAAUUGUUCUACUUUAUCAUGAAACAAGUUUUGUUCGGCAA